AACUGUUCGCUAGGAGUGGGUUUCGACGGUCGAAGAACGUGGUUCAAAAUGUGAGCGCGAGUACGAGCAUAAGUGUGAUCGAGUACGGAACUCGACGAACGUGAACGAGAGCUUGCGGUCCGCAUUCGUACACGUUUCAGGGCCACGAGCCGGCUCCCGGAAACUGCGUUGCGACGUGCGACACAUUGCAACGCUUUAAUCUUAAAGUUUUCGCUUUGAUUUUUGCGAUUUUUGAAAAUUUUCAAUCAUCGAUUAUUGAUCUCUCAUCAUUUAUAUUGUAUACAUUUUCUAUUUAUACGUUUCUUCUAUACGUUUUAUUCCAUUCACGUGUCUUCUUAUUUUUAAAUUCGUAUCAAAAUUGGAUAAUUCCAACGAUUGUCUACAGAUAGAUAGGUAGAUAGAUGGAUAGGUCCCGAGGAAAAACAGAAAUGGAAAUCGGAUCGUGGAUAUUGCUUGCGAUGUUAGGAAUCGCUUAACGGGACAUGAAAAUCGAUCGAAUCAAUCAGGAAUUUCCUUUGCAAAAAUAUAUUGAUAAUCAAAAUAUUGAUACGCGAGUCGAGAAGCGCCAUUUUAUUCGAUUCCAAACGAAAAAAGGACGGAAAGAAAAAAAAAGAGAAGGAGGAAGAAGAGAACGGGAAGAAAGUGGAAGAAAGUGGAGAAAGAUUGCACGAAAAAAAAUUUUUUAUCGGAGUGUCUUACGAGAAACGAUGACUCUUGUGACAAAUACUAUAUCUUAUGCAUGUCAAUCGAUCGGUAGAGAAUCCUACGACGUUUAUCGGCAUCAUCACUUACAACUUCGGCAUCAUAAUCACCAUCUUCAUCGUUAUUAUUACCAUCGGCAUCAUCAUCAGUAUUAUCAUCAUUAUCAUUAUCGUCGGCGACAAAGUGUAUAUACCUCUAUUGGUAAUCCUUCAAUUGAAUAUCUACAAAGACAUCUGACUGAAGAAAAUGUGGAUGAAGAAACGAAAAAUCGUGUAAUCGAGACAACUGAAAAUGACUUUGCAUUAGGAUCGACGAACUCUCAACGCUAUCAAUCGCAAUCAUUACGAUACGCGGUGGACUCAGACGACGCGUCGUCUAUUGUAUCGGUGGAUGCUUCAGCUGAUCUUGAAUCCGGUUCCGUCGAAGCCGAGGAGAGCAAUGAGGGUAACGAAUUGAAUGAAUCAAACGAAAGGAGUAACGAAUUGAACGAAACCGAACUACAUGAACAUGUGCCUCAUCCUGAGGUGGCUCUGGAUGCCACUACCUCAAUACAUGGACCUCGCCGAUGUUUACUUUGGGCUUGCAAAGCUUGCAAGAAGAAAACUGUCACUGUCGAUCGAAGAAAAGCUGCUACUUUACGAGAAAGGAGACGUUUGAGAAAAGUAAAUGAGGCAUUUGAAAUUUUAAAAAGAAGAACAAGUAAUAAUCCCAAUCAACGUUUACCAAAAGUUGAGAUUUUAAGGAAUGCAAUUGAGUAUAUCGAAAAUCUUGAAGCAUUGUUGCAGAACAAUAGAUCUUCCUUAGCUGAAGAUCAUGGCUCGGUAGAAAAUACAACAGAUACAACUUCUCCGCAAUACAUGAUGGAAAAGCUGAGACAAUUUUCAGAUCCUUUAGCAAGAUUUCAACCUAUCAAUGAAUUCGAAGAAAUGCUGGAAUCGCAAUCAUCUCAACUCAAUGGAAGCAGCUUGGAUCGCCUCAAUAUGAUUGUUCAAAGUAUCAACGGACCGAUUUGUGCAACCACCGAUACGCUUCGAUAUCCUUCGCAUCAAUGACACUAUGUUCGAAUAUCAAUACAGAUAGAGAUGUUUGAA